AACAUGUUACUAGACUGUUCGACAUUAAUUGUUCGUAUUGCGAUAUUGAGAGAUGUUUAGAAUUAGCAUAAACAAGAUUGAUCACAAAGGAAACGAUUAUAUAAUGUAGUGUAACUCUGCAAGGAUCAAGGCUGCCGGUUUUAACAUAGUUUUUAGUUUUUUUAGCAAAUUUUUACCACUGUACAAUGAUGGCAAUUAGCACGGAGUUAUUCUAAGGGAGAGAAUUUAGGCAAGAUAUAAGCAAAAAUGUACACUGUUCUUUCUUUUACUACACUCUCAGAAACUUGUGUACAAAACCAGAAAUACCGGUAUUCGAAGUGGAAACAUUGUUUGUUGUUCGACUCGAAAAUGGAAGGCGAAGAGUUGUUUUUGCAAGCCUGUAGGACACCAUUGCCCCCGGACGAGGACGAAAUAACGGAAAGCGAUGAAAACGAGGAUGCAGAAUCGGAUAUAGAAGAUUACCUGGUGUACGACGAAGUCUCACAAGUCUGCGUUGUAUGUGAUAUCGUGUUACGAAGCCCUUCGCACGGGCCAUUGUGCAGGCGCUGUCAUUCGUUUAUGUAUCCGGAAUACACGAUCUUACAAAGAGAAUUUGACGAAAUUCGGAGCAAAUCUAAGGAUAAGGAGAAAUAUAUACCUUACAGUCAAUACAGGCGUCCAGGUUGGCCUACCUGCAAGCCACGGCAUCGCUGCGGUAAAGACGGGACGUUCAGAAAUGAAAGUGUAAACACUGCUCAAUGCUCGUCAGCUGAGCAAAUGGCGAGACAGCGAACGAUACUGUGUUUCUCGGAUUCCGAGGGUGAAGAAGAUGAAGACGACGAACUGUUAGGUCUUGCACAAAUGGCUAUUUACGACAAAGAUGUGAUUCAGGAUAAUGCAACGUGCCUCGAAGAUGUUAAAUCAACGAUCACAGAUGAUUUUGUUGAACUAAUGCCAACAGAGGUUUUACUCCGCAUUUUCUUGUAUUUGGAUGAAAUUGGAUUGUGCAAAGCAGCCCAAGUAUGCAAAAGAUGGAAAAUGCUUACUGAAGGGAUGGAAAAUUGGAGUGUUUUGUUUGAAAAGAAAUGGCCAUUGUUUCUCCCUGUUGGGGUUGUUGAAUGCUGGAGAGAUCUCUAUGUCAAAAUGGUGGAAUCCUCAACAUGUGUUCCUUGUCUUGAAGAAGGAUUUGUGAGGAGAGUUGUGGCAGACGACGUGCCGAACUCGUGGAGAAACAAACGAUUACGCAGCGAACUCAAGCAGCUAUUGGUCGAUCCGCCCGACGGGAUCCGGGCCUGUCCGAUCGACGACGAGUACUCGAAUUGGCAAGCCUCGAUUGCGGGACCGCCCGACUCGGUGUACGAAAAUGGCGUUUUUUACCUUCAUUUAGAGUUGCCACGAAGCUACCCCAUGAUGCCUCCGCGCGUCCGAUUUCUAACGCGAAUUCUACACCCGAACAUAAACCGCCAUGGGGAUAUUGGGAUUGAUUGCCUAAGAGCCAAUUGGAGCCUGGCGCUAACCAUACCGAAGGUGUUGGUUAGUAUCCAAUCCCUUUUAACCGACCCUUACUGUCACGUGUGCAUGGAGCACACAGUAGGCAGGAUGUAUGUGGAGGACAAUGGAUAUUUUAAUAUAGUCGCUCGGGACUGGACAAGGAAAUUUGCUCAAAAUCAUUUUCAAAAUCCCGAGCUGAAACCACAGACUGUGUGGUGAUUGGAGGGGGUGAAGUCAUUUGCUUAUAGAUGACGGUAAUUUAGGGUUGGAUGGAAAUUCGACUUGCAUGUAAAUAGAAUUUGCCUAUUUUAUACCGUAGAAGCUGUUCGGGGUUCGCGACGCGGGUUUUGUUUAGCGUGAAAAUAUUUUUAAUGCGUUAAUGCCAUUAUUUUUUCAUAGGACAAACCUAAAUACAGUAGUCAAAAUGGCCGAGCAGCACCUAAUUAUUUAUACUACAGUAGUUUCACUCUCCUUCUCUUACCAGCUGCUCAG